AUGAGUGUCCCUGAGCGUGAGUUGAUGGGUAACAUUUUGGUGAGUGAAACAGGUGAGCCCUUGCUCCCAAGUCACUCCAACAUAGCUAAAUUCAAACGAGGGAACGAUGGACUUUAUGUUCACACGGAAGACUGGAGUGAAAUUGUGAAGAGAAGACAAUUGGUAAACGCCAAGGAACGAAUGAGAAUCAAAAACAUGAACAGCAUGUUCUCCCGUUUGAAGCGUAUGGUGCCACUGAUGCGUCGUGACCGUAAACCCAGUAAAGUGGAUACGCUGAAGGCUGCCACAGAAUACAUCAAGCUACUGGUGGCUGUACUACAGGACUCUGACAGUAAUAAUGGGAGCAAGACUGAUUUCUUGAAGAAUGCGAUCAACUAUGCAACUUCUGAUGGGAUGUGUGGUGAUCUGUGGAGGGUGGAUGAGCUGCUGGACAGUGUGUCAGGAGUGUCCGGUAGUGAGUUGUCCGACGGGAUGACUAUGACUCUUCCCUUGGUGACUACAGGGUUUGGAACAGGAGAUGGAGACGUGAGUGGGCUGGUGCUGCACCACUGUGUGAUGCCCACCUACCAGUACAUCAUCCAGAUGGCACCGGACCAGACCAUGAUGUUCCAGCCCAGCUGA